GCCCAAUAAUAAAACCCUAAUAAAGAAGAUUCCUAGGGUUUUGCUCUGCAUCUUGUACCAUAAAAUCGAUCCAGUCUUUCACUCACUGAGCUUCGGAUCUGAACUCACUGCCCUGUCUGCUUUCAAGCUCAGGAUUUGGUUGAAGAUUGUAACUCGUUGCUUUUAUCAACAUGAGUCGGCCAAUGGAAGAAGAUACUAUUAAGAAUGAGGAAGAGGAGUUCAACACUGGACCACUAUCUGUGUUAAUGAUGAGUGUUAAAAACAACACCCAGGUGCUUAUUAAUUGUAGAAAUAACAAAAAGCUCCUUGGUCGAGUGAGAGCAUUUGAUCGCCACUGCAACAUGGUUCUUGAAAAUGUUAGAGAAAUGUGGACUGAGGUUCCAAAAACUGGAAAAGGCAAGAAGAAAGUGCUUCCAGUUAACAAGGACAGAUUCAUCAGUAAGAUGUUCCUCCGAGGAGAUUCUGUGAUUAUUGUUCUUAGGAAUCCAAAGUAAGAUAGAUUUACAUUUGUGAUACUUUUUCAACCCUAUGAACCAUCCCACCAAACGGUAGAUACUUUCAAAAGGCUUUUCAUUUGUUAAUUUCACAUUGCGAUGCCAUUCCUUGAUAUCAGAUUGGUGGGAUUAUCUAACUCUUUCUAAUUUGGAGCAACUUCACCCAAGUUGUUGUGUUGUAAAUUAAACGGAUCAUAUCUGAUGAACUAGACGAGUUUAAAUGUUGAAUGAUGUUUUGGCUUCUAGCUAUUCAGUUUGAA